UCUUUAGUUGAAUAACACACACACAGACACACGCAGAUGUGUGGACAGUAUGAUGAUCCGUCUCAUCAUUUUCAACCCUCUCUAAUCCAUUCCCAUGAUAUUUGGAUCAGAAACAUCUCAGCCUUCGGGGAAAAAGCUGCGCUGGAUGCUGGAAAACACCAGAAGCAUCAGCACCACCAUCACCAUCAACAUCCACACUGAGCUGCAACAUGAUCCUGAUGGAUUCUUGAGACAUUUCGAGCGCCAUGGAUGAACGCGACUCGAUUUAACCCGCGCGUAAAAGAGCCUCGACAUCCUUCAAAACGGACGGAGUCGUGGAGCAUCGAGGGAAAACCCGGGCCAAUCGGGACCGAGACUACAUGCCCAACAUGGAGAGGGGCAAACCGGCCACUUACACGGGCGACAAGAAGGCAAAGAUGGCUGCAAAGACCAAUAAGAAGUGGGUAAGACUGGCCACCGUGUUCGCCUAUGUUUUAUCCGUGUCUCUAGCCGCGAUCAUCCUGGCCAUCUACUACAGCCUCAUAUGGUCUCCAAACAAGUCAGUCAACACUCCUACCACCCCCAGCCCCACCACCACCGCGAGCGGCAACGGGACGGAAAGCAACAGCACGCAGGCGACUCCGAUCCACAUCAACGCCACCGGCACCAACGCGUCUCUGGCGCAGACGGCCGCGUCCCUCUCCAAAAGCGCGCGCUCCCAACCCGCGGAUCUCUACACAUACAUGCCCAGCGACAACUCAGACACCCAGACUGCAGCAAAAACACAGCCUUCCCGGAGAGACCAGACCCUCGCCGGCGGAGACGCGCAGGGACGAGCGCGCCGCGCAACGUCGCUCGAGGACGACUCCAGACAAACUCACUCAAAUAACCGGCACAGAAAGACCUAAGCGAGGGUUUGAGACUCGGAAACGUUGCUGCUGGUUGGUUCACAAGGCCGAGACGGACACCGACGCAUAAAUAGCAGAGGCUCCGAUAGUGUUUAACCCUUCAUAUAUAACCUAUUUCGUUUCGCCUUAAUACUCGGCAUCUCCGUGCACUCCAAACCCGCAUUGAACUGUACAGGAAGCAUUCAUCCGAAGUGAAAACUGACUGUCCAUUGCGCUCAAUGCCUUGAUUUGAACAGCCAUGCUUUUGUGGGGUGGGAGUGGGACAAGCUUUUAAAAUAACAACACUAAAAGCUUGCAUGAAUUUCCACUAAACCUGUUAUGAUCAGGAUUCUCAUGUUAGAGGAAAAUGUGUCGAUGCUCAGGUAUGUGCAGAUAUCCGUGUAAAUGUACUGUACAUACAUGCUCUGGAGACUUUUAGCAUCCCCAUAAGAUCAUUUUUACAACAAAUGAUGUACCGUAGGUGUAGAAUACAUCACCGUAAUGGUAAAUAAACAACCUACUACAAACACUCACUUCAUUUCACUGCACGAGGGGUUAAAGAGAAAGAUGCACUUGUGUGUGUGUGUGUGUGUGUUAUAUAAGCCAAACUGGGCAGCACAUCAAUCACUUUGACUAGAUUAAAAACAAGCUGGCAAGGUAACGAAAUUAUGGUUUAGUUAAGGUGAGCGCACUGUUUAAUCCUGCGUUAACCCACAAUCAGAUAUUAGGAUUGGGUUAAUGCUGGCUUUUGUGCAAAACACAACUGGUGCUUCCAUGAAUUGGUUUUAUUCAGGUCAAAAUAGAGUCAUUUUUCAGGCAUUAGCAGCUUUUUACACUUCACAAGAAGACAUUUUCACUCUCCUCAGUGUCUUCUGGCCUCAUUGUGACCCUCUUCUGUCUUAUUUGUCAUCGUUCUCUGAAUGUUUGCUAGUGAGUCACAUCUGAAUGUUUAGUAGUGCUUCUUCCUCUCUCUGUAUUGUACAUGAUGGAGGCUUCUUUAUUGACUUCUGAAGUCAUAAGCACGAAUUACACAAUCCUGCUCUAUUUUCAGCAGCGGCUUUUUGACCUGUUACAGCGCAUGCUGAAAAAUAUCUGGGAGAAAUUUGUGCAACUCGAACACCGACAUACAAAACUGCAUUUAAACUGCACUUUUAUGAACAGCACCUGUGCAAAAAAUGGCCAUUUAAUUCAAACGUGCAAUGUUCAGAGUAGUUUUUAGUGAAGUUGCAUAUUCACCUGAAUGUAAAAAAGUCCACCUUCAAUUCUAAGAUAUGGAGUUAAACGCUGAAAGAGUUUGACUGGUUUAAAAACCACUAAAUCUGUUUAUUCAGUGGUUGAACUGGAUACUUUGAAUGCAUGCACUCGUACUAUAUUAAGCAGCUUCUUCCUGUAAACAAGAUGUUUUGGACACGCUUUUUUGAGUCAUCCUGUGACUGUAGAAUUGAUUCAGCAGCUGUGGGUACAAAUCAAUGAUGAAAACCUCAGUCUGUGCACUUCAAGUGUAUGAAAUCCCCUUGAGAAUCAAUUAUUCGAGGUGUUUACCAAGUCAGUCCUCACUAGUACUAGCGCUGAUAGUCAUGUGAUCAAACCUAAGUGAAGUCGAAUGUGUGUUUUGUCCUGCUGGACCAUAAAACAAGUGAAAAAACCCAACUCGAGCCACACCCUAGCAACCAUUUAGCAUCAUUGGCAGUGUGUUUUGCACAGACAAAUUUCUAAAAAAAAACAAAAACAAAAAAACUAUAAAUAUAUACACACACA